CCGUGUUUUUUGGGUGUGGAAAGGAAAAAAGACAUAGUUUUUUAAACACAGUGUAUUAAGUGGGUAGUCUCCUAGCUGACUGGCCCUAAACUCGUUGUUGGGGAGCGAAGGAAAAUGCUUUAAAGAAAACGAAGGAAGCGCUAACAGAAGUUCUAAGGGAUUGGUUAAGCGAGAAGUCUUAAUUUUGAGGGGCGGGAUUAUAAAAACGGCGAAAGGUAACCCAUUGGUUACUAUGGGGUACUGGUUUCUUUUUGAUUGGUUGGUUUCAGUCGACUGGGUCAGAAAAACUUUUAACGGUCAAACUAACAUAAACCCGUCCCUUAGUUCCCAAAUAGUGCAUUUCCGGGUGGCGCUUGCAUUUUGCAUUUGGCUGUAACCUAAAGGUCGGGGGUUGAAACCCGACUAGCAACUCUGGGGAAGGAAAGGCCUGGCGGUCUACGUCCGUGAAGAUUUGUUUGUUGUGUUUAGUGAAGUUGAUUUUGACUGGUAGUUGACUCCAUGAGACAGAGUAGAACUGCCGUAUGAGGUUUUCUUGGCUGUAAUCUUUACAAGAACCGAGCAUCGGUUCUUUUUUCUCCGCAGAGCCGCUGGGUGGGUCCAACCACCGACCUUUCCAUUAGCAGCUGAGCCCUUAACCAUUGCGACACAAGGGCUCCUCAGAGAUAGCCAAGAAAACUCUAUGAAGUACAGACUCGAUGGGAGCUAACGUCAUCAUUUUUUGAGUGAGGUCUGACUGAACCCAGGACAGGUGGCAUAAAUUGUGUGCAGUUCUGAAAAACAGCCGUGGAAAAUGUCCUGGUUUACCGGGAGAAUAGCUGAAAUUUAUGGCUUGAGUUUGAACGUUUAACAGGUCCUUCCUUCAAAUGUGAAUCUCCUGUUCUUUCCACAGUUCUAGACCCUUACUCCCCAGCAGCAAAAGAAUCAAUUGAAGGAAGGAGGAAGUUCCGGGAUUUUGGAAUUAUCAUUUCUGGGAACACUCUUCACCAGAGACUGAUACAUUUGAGCAAAAAUUUAGACCUGAUCCAGAAAACACAAAAGACAGCAUCCAAGUUGCUGGCCAUUUCCCAGAAACAAAAUGAUGAAGACACAGGAAUCACUGACAUUUGAUGAUGUGGCUGUGAAAUGGACCUGGGAGGAGUGGCAGCUCCUGGACCCUGCUCAGAAGGACCUGUACCAGGAUGUGAUGUUGGAGAACUACAAUAAUAUGGUGUCCGUGGGAUAUCAAGUUAGUAAGCCAGCUGCACUAUCCAGGUUGGAACGAGGAGAACCACCAUGGAGUAUAGAAGACAAAAUCCAUAGUCGAACCUUUUCAGGUAUAUCUGAUUGUCCAAGCACCGUUUUUUGCGAAGAUAUCUUUUACCCGUAUCUGUGCAAAUUCUGUGUCUUAGUUUUAUCGCCCUGGUAUGGAAAAUGUUCUGAGUCACCAAAUAAAGAGACAGCCAGGAAUAUUGAAGGCCUUGUGUUAAGCCUACAGGCCCUGACUCCCCAGCAGCAAAAGAAUCAAUUGAAGUAAGGAAGAAGAAGCUCCAGGAUUUGGGUAUUGUCAUUUCUGGGGACGCCCUUCACUAGAGAUUGAGAUAGCUGAAGAGAAAUUUAGAGCUGAUCUAGAAGACACAGAAGACAGCAUCCCAGUUGCUGGCCAUUUCCUGAAAACAAAAAAAAAUGGUGAAGACACAGGUAUCACUGGAAUUGGACGAUGUGGCUGUGAAGUUCACCUGGGAGGAGUGGAAGCUCCUGGACCCUGCUCAGAAGAACCUGUACUGGGAUGUGAUGUUAGAGAACUACAACAACCUGGUGUCUGUGGGGUGUCAAGUCAGCAAAGCAGAUGCACUCUCCAGGUUGGAACGAGGAGAACCACCUUGGAGUUUAGAAGAUGAAAUCCAUAGUCGAAAGUUUUCAGAAAUCCAGAAAAUUAAUGAUCAUCUGUUGGGGCCCAUGCCAAAUGAAAGCAAGGUGAAUAAGAUAGAACAAUGCUAUGAAGAUAAUGCGUUUGAAAAUACUGUUCAUCAGCACAACAGUCAUUUUGCUUUAAAGCAAGACCAUAGUAUGUUUGACUUACGCAGAAAAACUGUGAAAUCAAUUUUAACAUUAAUCAGUCAGCAGAAAAGAUACGAAAUAAAGAACUCUGCUAAGGUUGAUAAAGAUGAGGAAAUCUUUCUCCAUACAAACUAUGAGCAAUUUCAUACUGAAUUUAAUUACGAUGAGAGUCGCAAAUCUAACAACAUCAAGUCCCAACUCACUGAGUACCAUAAAACCGACAAGACAGAAAAACCGCAUGUAUGUAGUGAAUGUGGGAAAGCCUUCUUCUGGAAGUCUGUGCUCAUGAAUCAUCAGAUGAUUCAUACAGGAGAGAAACCCCAUAGAUGCAGCCUAUGUGGGAAAGUCUUCUCUAAAAAGUACAUGCUUACUGAACAUCAAAGAGCUCACACAGUAGAAAAAUCUUAUAAAAUCACAGAAUGUGGCAAAGCAUUUACCUUGAAAUCUGAGCUCAAUAUGAAUCAGAAAACUCAUAAAUUAGAGAAAUCCCAUAGAUGCAGUGUAUGUGGGAAAGCCUUCUUCCGGAAGUUCAUGCUCACUACCCAUCAGAAAGCUCACACAGAAGAAAAACCUUACGAAUGCACAGAAUGUGGCAAAGUUUUUGUCACAAAAUCAGGACUUAAUAUGCAUCAGAAAACUCACACAGGACAGAAACCCUGUAUAUGCAGUGAAUGUGGAAAAUGCUUUAGCCGCGAGUUAAGUCUCAUUGUUCAUCAGCGAACUCAUAGGCAGUCAUCCUAUACAUGCACAGACUGUGGUACAAUCUUUGUCAAGAAAUCAUGGCUUACUAUACAUCAGAAAACACAUAAAGUAAAGAAAUACUUUCAGUGCAGUGAAUGUGGAAAAGCCUUCAACCGAAAGAAACAACUACUUCUACAUAAAGGCGUUCAUACAGGAGAGAGACCUUAUAUAUGCAGUGAAUGUGGAAAAUGCUUCAUCCGUGAGUUAAGUCUCAUUGUUCAUCAGCGGACUCAUACUAGACAGAUAUCCUCUGCAGGCACAGACUGUGGCAAAAUCCUUCUUAAGAAAUCAUGGCUCAAUAUACAUCAGAAAAUGCAUAAAGUAGAGAAAUCCUUUAAAUGCAGUGAAUGUGGGAAAGCCUUUUACCAAAAGAAACAACUAAAUUUACAUAAAAGAAUGCAUACAAGAAACAGACCCUGCGUCUGCAACGUGUGUGGAAAAACUUUUGAUUCCACGCUUGAACGUUUUAACCAUAAAUUAAUACACACACGAGAGAAACAUGUAAAUUCAGGCAAGUUAGAAGAGCUUUCUUCAGUGAGUCACAGCUCAUCACAUACCAGUGAUUUCAUGCAGGACAAAACCCCAGUUAAUACGGUGACCCUGCAGAUGCCUUCUGUGGCAUCUCAGUCUUCAUUAAACACCAGUGGACGCCUAACAAGUAGGAAUAUAGUCUUUGUGGGACAGCCUAUUGCCAGAUGUGAGCCCUUGGGAAAUAACAGAGAAUUUGUACAGGAGAGAAACCUUAUUAAUCCAGGGAAUGUGGUAGUGCCUUCAGUGAUCAAUUAUGUCUUAUUUUAUGUCACAGAAAAUGUUACUCUGCAGCUAAUCUAGUCAGCCAAACCAAACCCAGUGCCAUCGAGUCGAUUCCGACUCAUAGCGACCCUAUAGGACAGAUUAGAACUGUCCCAUAGAGUUUCCAAGGAGCGUCUGGUGGAUUCGAACUGCCGACCAUUUGGUUAGCAGCCGUAGCACUUAACCACUACGCCACCAGGGUUUCCUAAUCUGGUCAAAGAAUGUAUUAUUUACAAUGGAUUAAAUAAACAUGGAGUAAUUUAUAUGAGGAGUUUGGUUAGAUUUUUAGGAGUUAGAAAAUCUUGAAAAACUUACGAUACUUUCUUCUUCAAAAAGCAGUGGCCAUCGAGUUGAUUUUAACUUAUGGUGAUCCUGUGUAUGUUAGAUUAGAACUGUGCUCCAAAAGGUUGCCAAUAGCUGCUUUUUGGAAGUAGAUUGCCAGACCUUUCCUCUGAGGUAUCUGUGGACUUGAACCUCCAACCUUUUCAUUAGCUCCUGAGCAUUUUCACUGCUUCUUCCACACACAGACUCCUGGAGCAAUGAUUUCUUUUAAUGGUAUUUAAAAACAUCCUAGGAAACAGAUUUAAUUUUUUUAAUGCCCAUAUCUCAUCUCCUUGGAUAGGUUUUAAAUUCUUGAUAGUUCUUGUGACUAUUUAAAUUUUAAAGUUAAAUUAUAAACAAAAUUUAAAAUUCACUUUCUUAUAGCACUGGCCAUAUUUGAAGUGUUCAGUACACAUAUGUGACUCUUGUCUGCCAAUGUGGACAGCACAGACAAUGGCUGAAAUGUGUAUACUGAGAGAAAUGUCCAUCAUUUCUGUUAUUCCAGAAGGUUAUAAUUGGAGAAUACUGGUUUACAUCUUUUUAUAUUUUCUAGCACACAGAAAAAUAAUAUAUUGAUUUGAAAAGUGAGUGAGUGAACCAAUAAAUUGAAUGUUUUGCAUUGAAGUGAAUGAGCCAUUGAAAGGUAGUUUACAGAACAGAAUUGUCACCCGGAAACUUCCUUACAGAGGCAUAGAAUAACAAUUUUGCAACUUUUUUACAUGUAUACAAGGGUUAAAGAGAUAAGUAAAUCAAUUUUAGAUAAUGGUAGCCAGUUUUUUCACUGUCAAAAAAGAAGCUACAGCUAAUUUAGGGAUGAAGUGUUUAUUGCACCCUACGAUGCUGAAUUAGAGCUGAAUAUAAUAUAUACUCAUUUACUUUGAUAUGUAUGUUAUUAGGUGAAUACAUAUUUAUAGACGUGGGUAUACAUGGGUUAAUAACAAUGUUCACAGAAAGCAUCUAGAUAUAACGACCCCCCCACCCCAGUAGCAGUGAGCACACCCCAGUCCAGACCUUUGUUUUUAAAUGCUACUCUCCUAUAAAAAGAACCAGGGCUCUUUAGAGAAAUGAUUGAUUUUAGGGCUGGGACAGGUAGAGUACAAGAUUAGCCUUGGAAUAUCUUGAAGUGACAGAAAGUACAGAAUUGCCUAAAACAUAAAAGGAUGGGGGCAUGCCAAAGGAAGACAGGAGCCAACUUGAAACAGCACUCAACAGCUAAAGCUGGAGCAAUUUCACCAAUGAAAUAAUGAUGCUAUUGGAUUAUAUUCCAAAUUAUAUGUGAAGAAGGCAGUUUGAGCACAACCUGCUGGCUUUCCCUGGGAGCUACAAAUGAAUCUUGUGCUUAGCACCAAAAGAAUUUGCUUCUUUGGAUGGGAUGACAGUGUGGGCUGACUCCCUUGCCUAGGGAUCUUGAUGCAACACACAUUCUACAGCAGAUGGUGGCCUAUCAGCAUAUCAUCUCCUCUUGUCCUGAACACGUGUCAACAUUCCUAUGAACUGCUUAGCUAAAUAUGCAUUAGAUCACACCUGACCAACCCUGUUUUUAUCUUUUCCUGUCGAGGAGGAAAGGUGGUCUGUGUUCUGCAGCACAAGAGGGGUGUGUGCAGACCCUCAUCCCUGCACGAGUGGCUGUGGGGAGUGACCCACUGGCCAUGGCAAACUGAGGUCCCCUAUUGAAACUGGCCUUGCUUUGUCUCUUCCCUGGUUGAAUAAAACAUUGUUUCAUCCAGUGUCUGUGUUUAAGUUAUGUCUUUCUUGGCAAGCUGACACAUCCAACUAUAGAGUGAGUGAACUAUCCUGCAUGUGGUGAGAGUUCUCCCCUGGAGGUGGUAACAGCUGUCACUUGCUGAAAGUAUAAAAUAAAUAUCCAUAAUAUCAGUUCCGACUCAUAGUGAUCCUGUGCACAACAGAACAAAACACUGCCCAGUCCUGUGGCAUCCUCACAAUUGUUGCUAUGCUUGAGCCCAUUGUUGCAGCCACUGUGUCAAUCCAUCUCAUUGAAGGUCUUCCCCCUUUUCACUGACCCUUUACCAAGCAUAAUGACUAUAUAAAUAAAUGGGGAAGGGACAAAUAUUCUUUAGGGAUAAUUCAAGGUUAUAUAUGUAGAUACAUCCUACUGAGCGAGAGGCAGAAUUGACUACCCUGCCUUUGAGUGUGGACUAUUUUGUGACCUGCUUUCCAAAGAAUAGAGUAUGAAAUGAUAAAAAUAGUAAAUUCACUAUGGGAAAAACUGUCAAACCCUAUCUUUAACAGAUACCAAUGUUAAGUCAUUUUGAUACUAUGUACUUCAGUGUGAGGUGAUGAGCAGUACACUUCAACUCUGAGGUGUUCUUUUCAAAAUUGUAUAACCCCAGUCUAAUGAGGAAAGUCAUCAUCAUUUUCCUCAUGGAACACUAAUGAUCAAAGACCAGAAGAGUUGUAGAGGACAUCAUACAUGAAAAAAAGCAAGAAGUCAUUUAAAAGACAGGAGAGAAAGAACAAAAUGGAUGUCGGAAGAGAUUCUGAAAGUUACUCUUGAAUGCAAAGUAUUUAAGGUGAAAGGGAGAAAUGAUGAAGUAAAAGAGUUGAAGAGAAGAUUUCAAAGGGCGUCUCGAGAAGACAGUAUUAUAAUGAAAUGUGCAAAGACCUGGAGAUAGAAAACCAAAAAGGAAGAACUGAAGAAAAAAUUCAAGCCUUGAGUUGCAAUAUUGGAGGAUUCUAUGGGGAAAAUACUAAACUGCAGGAAGCAUUAAAAGAAGAUGGAAGGAAUACACAGAGUCACUAUAUCGAAAAGAAUGGGUCGAUGUUCAACCAUUUCAGGAGGUAGCAUAUGAUCAGGAACUGAUGAUACCGAAAGAAGUCCAAGCUGCACUGAAGGCAUUGGCAAAAAAUAAGGCUCCAGGAAUUGACAGAAUACCAACUGAGAUGUUGCAGCAAAUGGAUGCAGCACUGGAAGUGCUUACUCAACUAUGCCAAGAAAUUUGGAAGAGAGUCACCUGGCCAACCAACUGGAAGAGAUCCAUAUUUAUGCCUGUUUCCAAGAAAGGUGAUCCAGUGGAAUGCAGAAAUUAUCCAUAUCAUUAAUAUCACACGCAAGUAAAAUUUUGCUGAAGAUCAUUCAAAAGUGGCUGCAGCAGUAUAUCAACACGAAACUGUGAGAAAUUCAAGCUGGAUUCAGAAGAGAACGUGGAAUGAAGGAUAUCAUGGCUGAUGUCAGAUGAAUCCCAGAAAGAUGUUUACCUGUGUUACUGACUGUGCAAAGAUAUUUGACUAUGUGGAUCAUAACAGAUUAUGGAUUGCAAAGAAUGGGAAUCCUAGAACACUUAAUUGUGUUCAUGAGGAACCUGUGCAUAGAUCAAGAGGCAGUCGUUUGAACAGACCAGGGGGAUACUGCGUUGUUUAAAGUCCAGAAAGGUGCGUGUCAGGGUUGUAUCCUUUCACCAUACUUAUUCAAUCUGUAUGCUGAACAAAUAAUCCAAGAAGCUGGACUAUAUGAAGAAGAAGGGGGCAGCAGGAUUGGAGGAAGACUCAUUAGUAAUCUUCGAUAUGCAGAUGACACAGCCUUGCUCUCUGAAAGUGAAGAAGACUUGGAGUACUUAUGAAAAUCAAAGACCACAGCCUUCAGUACGUAUUACACCUCAACGUAAAGGUAGCAAAAAUCCUCACAACUGGACCAAUAAGCAACAUCACGGUAAAUGGAGAAAAGUUUGAAAUUGUCAAGAAUUUCAUUUUACUUGUAUCCGCAAUCAACACCCAUGGAAGCAGCAGUCAACAAAUCAGAAGACGCAUUGGGCAAAUCUACUGCAAAAGACCUCUUUAAAGGGUUGAAAAGCAAAGAUGUCACCUUGAAGACUAAGGUGCGCCUGACUCAAGCCAUGGUGUUUUCAGUUGCCUCAUAUGCAUUUGAAAGCUGGACGAUGAAUAAGGAAGACUGAAGAAGAAUUAAUGCCUUUGAAUUGUGGUGUUGGAGAAGAGUAUGGAAUAUACCAUGGACUGCCAAAAGAACAAACAAAUCUGUCUUGGAAGCGGUACAGCCAGAAUGCUCCUUAGAAGCAAGGAUGGUGAGACUUUGUCUCAUAUACUAUGGUUAUGUUAUCAGGAGGGAUCAGUCCCUGGAGAAGGACAUCACGCUUGGUAAAGUAAAGGGUCAGUGAAAAAGAGGAAGACCCUCAACAAGAUGGAUUGACGCAGUGGCUGCAACAGUGGGCUCAAGCAUAACAACGAUUGUGGGGAUGGCGCAGGACCAAGGUAUUGUUUAGUUCUGUUGUGCAUAGGGUCACUAUGAGUCAGAACCGACUGAAUGGCACCUAACAACAAGUAAUACCAUCAGAAGCUGUCUUAACUUCAGGGGGGAUAAGGUGAAUAACUGUCAGCUCAGGGCUCACCCUGUGAGGAAAAGUUCAGACAUACCUCCACUCUCCAACCUUUUUACUAAUUCUGACACCAGCUAUCCUUCCCAUGGCACUCUACUUCUUUUUUGGGGUUAGAUAAUGUGUUGCAAUGACCACACAGAACUCAUAGACCAUAGUGACAGUUAAGUGGUUUAUUAAGGAACAGGGUACAAAUUGGGUUUAGGAUCUAUAGGCUUCAACUCAGGAUCAUGAAGCAUGUGGGCAAAGUCUGCUUUCUUCAAUGCAGGACAGCUCCUCUUGACUAUACAAACCUCUUAGCCCUCGGAGGACAAGCUUCCUCACAGUCCCCCUCGGGACAGGCUUCUUCUUGGCCCUGCUGUGCUUCUGGGCCUUUAAGGGCCUGUCAUAGCUGGCUCUGCCACUGGACCCCUUCUGAGCCUCAAUGUUUUCAUUGUUACAGCCCGUGACCUGUGUUGCAGCUUUUGUAGUAGGUUCCUUGCCUCCUAUCUCUGCUUCUUCCUGUGUGAACAACCCAUGUGGUGUUGGAUGCAUAUAUAAACAAACUCCUCAUCAAUUUCAAGGCAUGGCCCUCUCACCAGAGCCACGAAUUUACCAAUCCCAACUUGGUAGGCCACAGAUGCUUCAUUUGCACAGUAGGCUACAGACACUGUAUUUGCUUUAUCUAUUGGCCAAUCCCUGCAAGGUGCAUGCCAGUCACAGGGCAGGCUGCAGCACAGGACCGGACAAAAAGUAUCAAACCACAAAUUGUUUAUAGCUUUUCCAGGAAAUGUCAAUCAACCUGGACAAAAGUAACAAACCCUCUGGGGCAGAAAUCUAGAGCAAAGGUAACUCCUCAGAGUGUAGGGGAAAUAAUCUCUCACGUUGUUUUUGCAAAGAACCAAGGCAAAAGGCCACAUAAAGGGACUCAUUUCACCACAACCCUUCAAAACUAUGGAGGUCAUGAGAAAGAAAGAACUGAGUAACUUUCACAGACCAGAGGGAACAUGAUCUCUAAAUGUGUAAAGGGGUUGCUUCGAAGAAAAUAAAAUCCCACUUGUCUAGCAUCAAAUUUUAUAG